AAUAUCUCUCAUAGAUCGCAGAAGAAGAAAACAAAAUCAUGAUCGACCUCGGAGAAGAAGAAGAGAAUAAUCAAUGGCGGAUGCUUCCAAUGGGAGUGAGUAUUUCGACAUCGACGUCGAGACGGGAAGAAAAUCGUCCGCGCGGCCGUUGAAUGCUGAGACAGUGGAGCAGGAUGAAGAAGAUCUGAGAUGGGCUGCGAUCGGACGGUUACCGUCGCAGAGACAAGGGAGCCAUUUAGCGACUCUGCGUCGGUCGCAAACUUCUGGUUACGCAGACGGGAACGUCGUGCAGACGAUUGACGUAAGGAAGCUUGAUCGUUCGGAUCGUGAGAUGGUUGUUCGUCAAGCUCUUGCCACUAGCGAUCAGGAUAAUUACAAGCUUCUCUCUGCUAUCAAGAAACGGCUCAAUAGCGUGUUUUAAACAGUUUGGGAAUGAUGAAGACUAGAAAACACAAGCUAACCAUAUGAGUCAUAUAGCUGACUCACACAAGAAUGGAAGUUGGAACCAUGAAAAAUGAUGGGUUUGAGGACUGUUUUGCUUUCACUCUAAUAUUUUUGUCUUUCAUCAAACAUACUUUUAUAUGUUCUAGGUGUUCUACUUUAUCAUGUACAAAGUUGUUUUGACUUUAUUUGUUCCAGGUUCACUCAUUAAAAUGGAUUUAGUCUUCCUACACAUCUUGGUUGUUAUACUGCUGGAUCUGCUCCAAGUGCUCCCGUCGCUGAGAAUCAACCCUCUCCUCGAAGACAUUAUGGCUAAGGAAAUGCUAGCAUUCCCAAGAUAACUUUUUUAUCUCCCGGUGGCUUUAUAUAAAUGAUUGCAAACAAGUAAAUAAUUUAAUUUAUAAGCUGUAAUAGUUAAUUGGAAAUAGGUUUGUUACUUCAUUGUCACUGGAUAAAUUUGAUAGGCAAAAAGAAGUGUCCAACCCCACAGCCCCACUAACUAAAAUGUAAAUUCGUAUAAAUGAAAAAAACAACCAUGGAAAAUAUGUAUUCAUGGUAAAGUUAAUUA